AUGUAUUUUUCUCAACGGACGGGGGUGGAUUAUUUAAAGAUAAGACUACUGAAAUAUACUACUACUACUACUACUACUACUACUACUACUACUACUACUACUACUACUACUACUACUACUACUACUACUACUACUACUACUACUACUACUACUACUACUACUACUACUACUACUACUACUACUACUACUACUACUACUACUACUACUACUACUACUACUACUACUACUACUACUACUACUACUACUACUACUACUACUACUACUACUACUACUACUACUACUACUACUACUACUACUACUACUACUACUACUACUACUACUACUACUACUACUACUACUACUACUACUACUACUACUACUACUACUACUACUACUACUACUACUACUACUACUACUACUACUACUACUACUACUACUACUACUACUACUACUACUACUACUACUACUACUACUACUACUACUACUACUACUACUACUACUACUACUACUACUACUACUACUACUACUACUACUACUACUACUACUACUACUACUACUACUACUACUACUACUACUACUACUACUACUACUACUACUACUACUACUACUACUACUACUACUACUACUACUACUACUACUACUACUACUACUACUACUACUACUACUACUACUACUACUACUACUACUACUACUACUACUACUACUACUACUACUACUACUACUACUACUACUACUACUACUACUACUACUACUACUACUACUACUACUACUACUACUACUACUACUACUACUACUACUACUACUACUACUACUACUACUACUACUACUACUACUACUACUACUACUACUACUACUACUACUACUACUACUACUACUACUACUACUACUACUACUACUACUACUACUACUACUACUACUACUACUACUACUACUACUACUACUACUACUACUACUACUACUACUACUACUACUACUACUACUACUACUACUACUACUACUACUACUACUACUACUACUACUACUACUACUACUACUACUACUACUACUACUACUACUACUACUACUACUACUACUACUACUACUACUACUACUACUACUACUACUACUACUACUACUACUACUACUACUACUACUACUACUACUACUACUACUACUACUACUACUACUACUACUACUACUACUACUACUACUACUACUACUACUACUACUACUACUACUACUACUACUACUACUACUACUACUACUACUACUACUACUACUACUACUACUACUACUACUACUACUACUACUACUACUACUACUACUACUACUACUACUACUACUACUACUACUACUACUACUACUACUACUACUACUACUACUACUACUACUACUACUACUACUACUACUACUACUACUACUACUACUACUACUACUACUACUACUACUACUACUACUACUACUACUACUACUACUACUACUACUACUACUACUACUACUACUACUACUACUACUACUACUACCACUACAUCUAUGUUUUCGGCCAAGUUAGGCGAACGAUUGUUAGGUUUUUAA